AUGGACCAGAAAAGCAUUGCCAGCAAACCCAGCAGCAGCUCACUGGCGGCCAACGCGGGUACUUUGGACGUGCCAGGUGUUCCCGUUACCGAAUCCGGCAUACAAGAAGCCGCUCCCGCCUCGACGUCGCCUCUUGUCCCUCCUUCCUCGACUUCUGCUUAUUCUUCUCCCCCUUUCACUUUGUUUCCCGGCACACCAGCAAACAGUGUUGGCCCCUCUGUGAAGAGCAACCAGUUGCGCUCACAUAUCACUGCUCUCCAGGGUCCACAACCUGGUCUCCCUGUCGCCCCGGUAACACCAAGCGGUGUUGCGGAGAAGGGAGUUGUUUCACGGUCUGCCCAGGAGGAUUCCGUUCUUUCACAAGAUAAGCCACAACGCAUUGCCACUGAACGUGAAGGCCACCGGGUUUCCUUCUCAUCCUUCCAUUCUCUCUCCUCAAGCUUCCAUUCUUCAGCAGUGGACAAGUACCCUAGCACUACGGUAUCCAGCUUUGCUGGCUCUAUCAAGGGUAGUAUGGAAACACCUUUAAAACCCCCCGCUACAGCCGUAGGUUCGACGCUCGAUACCAACUCACGGGUCCAUCCAUCAACAACACCAUCCCACACCAGCUCUUCCAGUGCUGUCGUUUGCUGUUCCCCAGAACCAAGCCCUCAAGGUCUUUCCUUUGCGUCCCAAAUGGCGGAUGGUGGAGAAACGUUAGCCACGAACUGGGUUUCACGUCCAGGGCGGUCUUCUAGUCGUACUCCUCGUCGAUUUAGUGGUAGUACUGGUGCAAGCAGCAUUAGUGAACUGGAUGGUAAGCUGGCCACUGUUGGCAGAAUUGGGGUCUGCGCUCUAGACGUCAAAGCCCGAAGUAAACCAAGUCAAAAUAUUCUCACAAGGCUACAAUCAAAUGGUGAAUUCGAGGUGAUUGUAUUUGGCGAUAAAGUAAUUCUUGAUGAAGAUGUUGAAAACUGGCCGGAAUGUGAUUUUCUUAUUGCAUUUUUCUCGGACGGGUUUCCUCUAGAUAAGGCGAUCGCUUAUGCCCAUCUUCGGAAGCCAUUCUGUAUCAAUGAUCUUCCCAUGCAGGAAGUUCUUUGGGAUCGCCGUCUCUGCCUUCGAAUAUUGGACCACAUGGAAGUUCCUACUCCGAGACGAGUGGAAGUAAACCGAGAUGGUGGCCCCAGACUCGCUACUCCCGAGCUAGCUCAACACGUAUAUAAUUUGACAGGUGUGCGUCUAGAAGGCCCAGAUGAUGGGACAGGCGGCGGGACCCCACGGACGCAAAGCGUGACCAUGUCUGAAGAUGGAGAGUCCCUCAUCGUGGAUGGCAAAGUAUUUGGGAAGCCGUUUGUUGAGAAGCCUGUCAGUGGCGAAGAUCAUAAUAUUCACAUUUACUUUCCCGAUGAUCAGCAUUAUGGCGGGGGCGGUCGCCGACUGUUUCGAAAAAUCGGAAACAAGAGUUCUGAAUAUGACCCAGAUCUAAAAGUUCCGCGUUCUAUUACCGAACCAAAUGGCAGUUAUCUCUACGAAAAGUUCCUCCGGGUGGACAACGCAGAGGAUGUCAAGGCAUACACGGUUGGGCCCGACUUUUGCCAUGCUGAAACCCGUAAAUCACCAGUCGUUGACGGAGUCGUACGUCGCAAUACCCAUGGCAAGGAACUUCGCUAUAUUACGAAACUGAGCAAAACAGAAGCGGCCAUGGCGAGCAGAAUUUCGAAUGGAUUUGGCCAGAGAAUUUGUGGAUUUGAUCUACUUCGCGUUGGGGAUAGCUCUUAUGUUAUUGAUGUCAACGGCUGGAGUUUUGUGAAAGACAACAAUGAUUACUACGACAAAUGUGCUAAAAUACUCCGAGACAUGUUUGUCAAGGAAAAACAGAGACGGGAAGGGGUUAUGGAACCGCCUGACUUCCAAACUAACAGCAACUCAGGAUCACACCGCAGUGCAUUACAUAGUGUUCUGAAGUCUCCCAGUAUACUGGGUCUGAAUAAACACGGAAUCAAGAUAAAUUCGCCCUCUUCUGCUGAUGGUACUAUUGAUCAACAGGCUGCAUCGCUGAAAUCCGAACCCAGCAACCAGCCCACAAUUGGCACGUUAUCUGCAUCCAAUAUCGGGUCUCCACUCCCGGUAACUAGUAUACCCCCACAAGACAAAGGCGCUUCAAGCUCUCAAUCAACAUCAAGUGCGCCUCCACCAUCUUCAAAGCAUUCUUGGAAGCUUAAAGGUAUGGUUGCUGUUAUUCGACAUGCCGACAGAACGCCGAAACAAAAGUUUAAGUUUACCUUUCAUACACAACCUUUCAUUGACCUGCUUAAGGGUCACCAGGAAGAAGUCGUGAUAAAAGGAGAAACUGCAUUACGCAACGUUUCCGAUGCUGUUAACAUUGCUAUGAAGGAAGGUGUUGAAGACGUCAAAAAGCUCAAGCUACUCCAAGCUUCCCUUCAUCAUAAGGGCGGCUGGCCGGGCACGAAGGUGCAAAUUAAACCUAUGUUUAGAAGGCGCACGGCAGAAGAGAUGAGAUUGCCCAUAGCUCCCCAUUCUCCGGCUAUAGAAGCCUUAACUGAUGACAGUCAAGCUUCACAUUCCGGAAAUUCAGGAAACGGUGCUAGGUACCCCGUUGCUAGGAGUGAUUCAAUGUCUGGACCAACAUUUUCACGCUUCUCUGCCGUCGAAAAUGAUUUGAUUCUUGACAAAUUGCAACUAGUGAUAAAAUGGGGUGGCGAGCCCACCCAUGCCGCAAGGUAUCAGUCUCAGGAUGUAGGUUUGAAUAUGCGAGAUGAUUUGAAACUGAUGAACAAGGAAUGUCUCAAUGAUGUCCGGAUAUUCACCAGCUCUGAACGUAGGGUGAGCACGAGUGCCCAAAUUUUUACCUCCGCGUUUCUUGAUUUGAAGGAGUUGCCCGAGGAUUUCAUUCAAGUAAGAAAAGAUUUACUUGAUGAUUCAAACGCCGCCAAAGAUGUUAUGGAUAAGGUCAAAAAGAAGCUGAAACUUCUGCUGCGCGAAGGAAACUCCGCCCCUCCUCAGUUUGCUUGGCCUAAAGAAAAUAUACCGGAACCUUCUGUCGUGUUGUCAACCGUCGUUGAGCUCAUGAAAUUCCAUCGCAGCGUCAUGCGUCACAACUUCCGACGAGCCGAACAGGAAUUGAAUUCUCCGAAUAGCGAUUCCGAUGAACAGAGUGAAUCCCCUAAAUUGCGUGACAUUCAAGGCCGGUGGUGUGCUGGGGAAGAUCCGCAACUUUUCAAAGAACGGUGGGAGAAGUUGUUCAAAGAAUUCUGUGAUACUGAAAAGGUUGAUCCAAGCAAGCUCUCUGAGCUAUAUGACAGUAUGAAAUUCGAUGCCCUUCAUAAUCGGCCUUUCCUUGAAUGGGUUUUUUUGCCACCAGACCAUUUUGUUUACGAAGAUGAAGGUCAUGCCGGGUUGAUGCAGCCUCUUGGUUCAAUUGAAGAUUCCUACGACUCAUACUUUAAACUGUAUCCAGGGUCUACGCCUACUAAACCUAAAAUAGAUAAACGACUGUCCAGGUUAAAACAGUUAUACAGCUUAGCCAAGGUUCUCUUUGACUUCGUGACACCUCAAGAGUAUGGGAUUGAGGAUGAAGAGAAGCUGGAAAUUGGCCUGUUGACAUCGUUGCCGCUACUUAGGGAGAUUGUGAUGGACUUAGAAGAAGUACAGGCCUCGGAGGAUGCAAAGUCUUUCUUUUACUUCACCAAAGAGUCACAUAUUUACACACUACUCAAUUGCAUUUUGGAGGGGGGAAUUCAAACAAAGAUCGCGCGGCGAGCCAUCCCAGAGUUGGAUUACCUUUCCCAAAUCUGUUUUGAGCUGUAUGAGUCGAGGGACAACGAGUCUGACAAGUCCUCCUAUUCCAUUCGAAUCUCCAUCAGUCCUGGAUGCCACGCUUUCGAUCCACUUGAUGUCCAACUUGACUCAAGACACGCAAUUGGCUGCGCCCCUAGACGAAGCCUUACAGCGCAUCAUGACUGGAAAAAGGUCAUCGAAACUUUGAAAGCUAAAUUCGAUACUGUAAAAUUACCUAAAUCCUUCAUUGCCGUUAACCUUAGUGACAAGCACGCCGCUGCCAGACAAGAGGAAACGGUAGAAAUGUAA